AUGGAAGUCCAAUACCAUCCAUCUCCCAGGGGCUCGUACUCUUCACUCCCCGCUGCCCAGGUGCGCGCCGCAAACGCGUCACCAAUCGGGUCUCUUAUCGGAUACCCAGUGCCCCCACCACAACUUCUCCCCAAAACACUCGCAAAGACAACUUCCAGCAAGACACAGCAGCUGCAGAACGAGUACUACCGUGAAACGACACCACAAAGCUCUAUUUUCGGCCCGCAAUCCCGCAGUCUUGUUGAGGAGUCCUAG